CGCAAAACAUAGAAGGAAAAUACACUUGUAUUAUUUCUCCUGUGCUUAUUAAAUUAACAAUCAUCAAGGUAUCGUCUUUAACUUAUCAGUGAAACAAAAGAAGAGUUACCAGUCAAGAUGCUUAAGAUUUUGCUUCAACUAUUCAUCGGCUUAUACAUAAUUGGUAAUGUAUUUUGCGAUGAAAACGAGAAUUCACCUCAAAUAUGGAGUUCAUCAGAACUCAGUCGUCCGUUAUCCUUACUCCAUCCAUAUAAACGUAGACAAAUAUUUCGUUAUGGCAAACGAAAUUCAUAUCCAAUAACGUUUAAAGAAGUUGAUGAAUUCGCAACACCAUGGAGAGUGAAUCAAGAAUAAAAUGUACAAAAAUGUACAAUUUACGUAGACAGAUAAAACUAUGAAAGUCAUUGAAAAUGGUCACUUUUACUUUACAUGAUGAAAAUAAAACUUUAUAAUUAAAA